AUGGCUACCAACGCCUCCAGCGGGUCUCAGAAGGAAGACACGGACCUCGGAUCGUUAUGGAAACAAGCAAUCGACAAGUAUAUCAAAGACACAGGCCAUGACCUCUCCCGUCUGAAAGCCCAGAGUAUCUCCGACAUCAAGAAGGCAGCAGAGAGCGAUGCACAAAGCUUUGAAGGCUUUCGGCACAAGGGUGACAAGGCGGAUAAAGUGCGGAGCGCGUUCGGUGACCAUAUGGAUGCUAUGCAAAAGUGUUGGAAGGGCGUCGAAAUGGUGGGAGCCGCCGCCGGAGCAUUCCCUCCGGCUAUGCCCGUAGGCAUUGUGUUCGCUGCAUGCGGGAAUCUACUUUCUGCAUUUGCUUCUGUCAGCGCGGAGUACGAUAAAGUGCAGAAUUUCUUUCUCCAGUCCAGCCGGUUUUUCGAACGCCUGUCCUUGAUCGAGGGCAAGACCAGCGAUGCACAACCCUUGAGAAAAGCCAUAGUUCGAGUUUUUUCGACUCAGCUCUCAAUAUGUGGCCUGGUCGAAAAUAGAACCAAGCAGAAAGCAGCGCGCUUCAAACAAUGGCUAAGUGCUCUGUGGAAUAUGGAUGAUCCAGACCUCGCCAGUGCAUAUGCAAAUUUGCAAGCUUGUAUUGAUGAAUUGGGCGACACGGUCGGCUUCGCUAGCUACGCAGCAAUCAAGUCCACCCAGGAAGUUGCACUCAGCGUCAGCUCCAAAACUGACGAAAUCGACGCAAAUAUUCGGAGAUUCCGCUCGGAACAGCGCGAAGACGUGCAGCUGCUCUAUGAGAGAAGUCUGCACCUUGAAGCUCGCAUUACUGAGGAAUUUUCCUUCCAUAGAGCUCAUACCCAGGCGGGUUUCGACCGAACCGAAGCCGUGAUCACCAUGAAUGCCGAGCGUCAGGAUCAAUCCUUGGCCAAAUUCCAAGCCAAUCUCGAGACGACGAUCAAGAAGGCUCUAACAGAGAAGAGCAGAGUCGACGACCAAGAGAAGGACAAGCGAAAGCAGAUGCCAAAAGGCAGUGGUAAAGGCGAUGUGGGAGACAAGAAGUUCAAAGCAGUACGAAGUAUCAAGGCAUUCUUCGACGAAAAGAGCGAUGUAUUUCUCAGCUGGAGAGACGCACAUAAAGAAACAUCUGCCCAGCAUCAGGAUGUACAGGAGUCCUAUGUUAACGGUACGGGCGAGUGGCUUGCGAGUGACUCGGUGUUUCAGCAGUGGACACAAGGCACGAAUCCAGUGCUUUGGCUUACGGGGUCAGAGGGUAUUGGCAAGUCAUUCCUUGCCUAUGCAACCUUGCGAAAGCUCGCCUCGCAGGCCGAUGGACAUACGUCUGUCGCCUAUUUCUUCUUCAAGGAGGAUUUUCCAUACCUUCAGUCAGCGCAAAAUGCUUUUGCCUGCGCCGCUCUACAGGUUGCCGAGUCGAAUACCAGGUACGCGGAGUCGGUAGCAGCCAAGCUCAAGGAAGAUGGCGAAACGUCGAAGGACCUCUCAACCUGGCAUCGGUUCUUUCUCUCACCGUUCGCAAGAUCCUCUCAAGGCUCAGACAAUCCCUCCCCAAGUGGCGAUCAUCUCUACUUGAUCUUCGACGGUCUAGAUGAGGCGCAAGAACAGCAAAAGGAGGUCAUCUCGCAGUUUCUUGCAGACCUAAGCAAGGCAAACUCCAGAGUGCGUGUGCUCGUCACCAGCCGGCCCGAAGCAGUCCCUCCUGUCGAGCGGCUCAAUCCUCUCACCAUCGCAAUCACCAAGGCGAAAAUACUACACGAUAUCAGAAUUGUAAUCUGGGAUCGACUGAACAGCCUUGCACGCCUAAAUAAGUUCAGUCUCGCGGCGAAGAGGUUCAUACGACGGAAAGUUUCCAGACAGGCCGACGGGAUGCUGUAUGUAGAACAUAUACUACGGAGAUUGUCCUACAUUGGCCGCGAAGGCGCCGUCCGAAAAGAGCUAGAGAAGAUGCCGGCUAAUCUCCAUGAGCUCUACAAGCUCAUGCUCGAUGACUGCCGAAGGAAUCGGACAACAGAGCAGUAUGACGCGCUGAAGAAGCUUUUCGCAUGGCUAGCCUUCUCAAAACGCUCGCUUAGUCUCGCGGAGGCGUCAGAGCUGGUGAAACUUACGAUAGGCAAAAGUGACUUUGACUUUGACGUUGAGGACGAGAUCAUUGGAAGAUCAUCAAGGAUACUCGAGCUCUCGCGGACGAGGAACCUCGACGACGACGACCUGAGAGAUGACGUAAAGGAUGAUGACGACGAAGAGAACACCGAGGAUCGCGAGGCAGCAUUGGACGAAUACCGCAAUGCAUCAUUGACUUUCCAAGAACGAUCCCUACGGCAGUACUUCAAAGCAGUCAGCGUUGAAUCACAUGGCGAAGAAGAACUCAGAACUCCAGCAGCAACCGCACAUUUCACGAUCUUAUCCAUGUGCAUUGAUAUCCUCCUGGACUCUGCAAAAGUAGAAAGGGGUGGAGACUAUUCCACGCUGUCAGGUUACGCAGUGAAGUACUGGUACGAGCACUUCAGCGAAAUCAACCCAGAAGCGGCAUCCACUGGCGAAGUUAGUCAUGUGCUUACGGCGCUUUACCGGAUCACGAGCAACGAGAACAACGUCGCGCAACUCUUUGAGCAACGAAUCUAUGCAUCGGACGUCUAUCCUAAGAGCGACGGAGAGACAUCGCAACCUUGGUACGAGCGGCUCAUGGGCUGGACCGCGCAAUUGGCUUCGCUGCCUGCGUCAUCGCUUGGUCCCGAGGUUGAUGCAUGGGCUAGAGAGAUCAGCGCCAAUCCAAAGAGUGUGCUCGACUCUUUGGCCCAGGGCCACAUAAUGAACUGGCUAGCCCACUACGACGAGUGGUUCAUAUCCGAAGCAUAUAGGUUUGCAGAAGCUGCACUGAAGAUUACAGGUCACUUCAAAGAAGUGAAAGACGAUCCCGAAAAGCAGAUUCUUGCUGUCGCAGAUGCCUAUGAGGCCAAGGAGAAGGACGCUAAGGCUAUGAGGGCUAUCGGAACACGCCUCUUCUACUACGCAAUGGAGUCGUCUGAAAGCGACGACCGCAAGGAGAAGCUACACACAGAUGCCAUCCGAUAUAUCAAGAAUGCCCUGGAUAUGAUGGACGAUGAUCCGUUUGAGAAAGGAGCCACCUUCCUGAUUCUGGGCUAUUUGUACCCGGCUAGGAAAGAAUACAAGAACUCGGUCGAAUACUUGGAUAAAGCCUUGACAACCUUUUCGCAAGUUCAAGCAGAGCCCGGUUCUGCAAUGCGGCACAAAUUGGACGAUCUCUACCGUCCUUACUACCUGUGCCUUUUGAAAGCGGAUUAUUCCAACGAGGCUGGCGACAAGGACACUGCAAUGGCGAUGUACCAUGAAGCUAGGAAACUGGCUGGUGAGGAAGGCAUCGGUAGCUAUUGGCUCGAUAAGAUGACGCAUGUGCUGGACGAGAAGACAGACCUAGACGGCCACCGCCUCAUGGAUAUGCUCAAAUCCUGGACCGAAAAAGACCGGAACACCUGGUUUGAAGGUUGCCUUCAAUAUUCGGCCGACAUCGAAGCCUUGGAGACGAUGUAUCGUGCGGCCAAGCUAACCAGUGAAUCUGGAGUGGUCCUAGAGUGGUUGAACGUAUUUGAGAAGACCCUCGCUCCGCGCUCUCUGAUCCUCUUCAAUCUGAAAGCCGCGCUGGCAGAUUAUUACCGUAGGGUCCUCGGAGACGUCGAGAAAGCCAAGGAAGCAAUGCGUACGGCACUAAACCUCCAGCCGAAAGUCGACGGCAGCGAGGAAGAUGUUCUCAAUCUGCAGAUAUCCGAAGUCCGCAUGGACCUUGCGGGUAUCAUCUUCUCUCAGUUCCGCCAUUCGUCCGACCCGGCGCGGAAAGAAACACUACUUGAGGAAAUGAAAAGCCUUCCCGGCAUGAAAACGGACGACGAAUUCCGUGAGUCUCACAUCGGUAUGCUGGUCGCAAAUAUGCUCAGAAUUAUGGGUCCAGCACGCGAGUACCAGAAAUGCAUGAACGACAUCUUCAAGACCUGCAUUGAUGGGCUGGAGGACAGCGUGUCCUGGAAUGAUGGGGAUUCGCUACGGUUGCUCGCUAAGGUGCUAAGCUCGCUGGACGGUCUCGAACAUGACGCGCGUAUCACCAUUUCGGCUCAAUUCUCAGUUAUGGAUCGAACUAUCUUUGACGGCAGUGAGGCGGGAUCAAAAGCGUCUUCUGUGAACGGUGAGCCUGAGGCUCCUACGGAGAAUGGAGAGGUAGCUGAAGGAACUGCGACGGAGGAUGGCGAGGUGGAUGGGAAACCAAUUGUUGUCAUCCAUGGGGACCAUGCUGAGCCCGGGGCCGCGAAAAGUACGCCAACGAUAACAAGCACGUCCGGAACGCAGGAUUUAGAUUCCUCACCGCCCGAUGAAGAUUCUUCCAACUCAAGCCAAGAGAGCACGAUCAACGGCAACAGGGAGACGCAAACAACCCCUGACACCGAAGCCACUCCUCUACCAGACGAAGCAGUCCCAAAACCCGCCGACGACCAAGACAUAGGCGAUUUCAGCAUCUUCUGCGACGGCAAAUGCGGCCGCUCAAUCAAACAAUGGACCGAACCCUUCUACCUCUGCCUCAUCUGUCCGAACACCGAUCUCUGCGAGGAAUGUCACGCUAAGCGGUCGGAGUGGAACGUCUCCGCCUCCACUUCCAACCAAACCCCCAGCUCUGAACCUGACUCGGACUCCGGGCUUGACACUACCGCUGAAGCUCCAACGUCCUGGACCACGUUCUGCGGCGAAAACCACCAUUAUAUCAAGGGCCCAAUGAAGGGGUGGAAUGGUAUCAAGGACGGCGUAGUCAGGAUUGAGGAUAAGGAGUUUGCGGUUAAGGACUGGAUUCGGGAGAUGAAGGAGGUGAGAUGGCCAAAGGCUUGGGAGAGGUAUUGGCUAAGGCAAGGCGGGCUCAAGGAUAUUGAUGUGGAGUGA